AUCAUAUCGAACCGCUGAACACCCCAAGCAGCAAUUGGGGCCAGUCCAUCGCAUCACCCCGUCCGAGGUUAUUUGCACUGGCGAAGAAACCAUCAAACAUAAAAUUAAAACCUUCGAAAUCCUCCUCACUCGCGUGAGGAUUGGAUACCCACCAAGAUGCUACAACCACGGGUACUCCUACGCCAGUCCCAGCAACGAACAACAUGUCGCUACCUCACAUUACCAAUUCGGCAGAAUGUCCCUCGAAACUAUUCCACUGCUAUAGAGGUGGUACGGCCAGCAUCACCGGCAGCAGCAGGCUUUGCAGCACCUCCAACAGUUGAGAAGACAAGUGCUGCAUUCGCAAUGCGAACAUAUAAACCUCGAACGCCCGGUGUACGACAUCUCAAGCGCCCUAUAAACGACCAUCUAUGGAAAGGGAGACCGUUUCUUCCAUUGACAUUUUCAAAGAAGGGGCAUGGAAAGGGUGGAAGAAACAACUCUGGUAGAGUGACCAUUAGACAUCGUGGUGGUGGACACAAGAGACGUAUAAGGACGGUGGACUUUGCAAGAAAAACACCGGGGAAACACACGGUGGAGAGAAUCGAGCAUGAUCCAGGACGAAGUGCACAUAUUGCUUUACUCAACGAGGAGGCUACUGGAAGAAAGAGCUACAUAGUGGCUGCGGAUGGGAUGAGAGCUGGAGAUGUGGUACAGAGCUACAGAGCUGGAAUUCCAAAGGACUUAUUAGAUAGUAUGGGAGGAGUUAUAGAUCCCGGUGUGUUGGCUGCGAAAACUGCAUGGCGAGGAAAUUGUCUACCACUUCAUAUGAUUCCCAUUGGAACCAUGGUAUACUGCGUUGGGUCUGCCAAGGAGAGAGGAGCCGUCUUUUGUCGAAGUGCUGGUACUCAUGCUAUCGUCAUUGGCAAAGAGUCAUCAUCCAAGGGUGGCGCCAACAAAUGGGUCACCGUCCGUUUACAGAGUGGUGAAAUCCGAAGAGUAAGCAAAGAUGCAUGUGCUACCAUCGGAGUAGCCAGCAACCCCAAUUUCCAACAUCGACAACUUGGAAAAGCAGGACGAAAGAGAUGGUUGAAUAUCCGACCAACAGUCAGAGGUCUUGCCAUGAACGCAUGCGACCAUCCACACGGUGGUGGAAGAGGAAAGUCCAAGGGUAACGUCAACCCCGUCAGUCCUUGGGGUUUACCAGUAAGUUUUACACUGUCACAAUAUCUCCCAACAAAUUCUAAUCUGACAUGCUCCUUAGGCAAAAGGAGGAUACAAAACUCGUAAGAAGAGGAAUCCCAACAAAUGGGUGGUCACCGCUAGGGAAAGAAAUCAUGGGAAACGUCGUGUCAAUUAGAUGCAGCCCUUUGGGAGUAUGCAUAUCAUCCUUCCGGCCUUCCUAUUUUGAUCUUUUCGAGCCAUCAUCUUUUAUACCAAGGCACUCGAGGGCCAACAUCAUGUAUAAUAUCUCAAAUAGGACUACUAUCAUGAGCAGUUCCAAACAAAAAAAAGUAGGACGUUAAAAUGCAAGAUACGUAUGAAAAAUCAAUUGAAUAGGCG